AAGGGAGGAGACGACAUCGCUGGUAUAACGUAUUGACUCUUUUAGGUGUUGGGGUAUGGGAGGCGCCCGUGUGCCUUGCGCUUUGGAAUACAAAUAGAAGAACGCAAUCUGACUUCCCUCCAGCCCACAACAGUUUGGAUUCAGCACGGAGAGCUGCACAGGAUCAAUUACUAAUUGACGUUGACGAAUAUUGUUUGUAAAAUUAAAGGCGUGCAACUAGCCUUCUUGUAUCUGGAUUCUGGUCGACUUGUAGAGAAGGUGUUCCUCUCGCUGUCUCACAUUGUUUAAUCAACGAGGUAACUCUAGUGAGGGCAUUCUUUUUCUAUCCGUUUUUUUUUUAAAUAUGACAAGGACGGUUGGCUUAAUUUUUUUAAAUCAAUAAUGUGUCCGUAAGUCAUAUGGGGGUUAUCUCGGAUCAGUAGAAGCUCGAUGUAGCCUUUUGUCACCAAAACUUGAAAAAGGGGUGCGCAUUCCCGUUCCCCACCGAAAUCAAGCUUAUGGUUACGCGCAAGCUGUUUUGAGUGGACUGUAGCCGAAUAUGUUUCUCAGUUGCUUUUGUAUGGAGACUUUCUUUUAGACGUUAUUUUUUAAGGAAUUGUGUAAGGUAUUUGAGGAUAAAAUAUUUGUAGGUCCACUUUCACAGUUUCUUGUCCUUCAAGGCGUGCAAAUGCUGGAAUGGCUCGUGGCUCUUUGCAUCGUGGUCCUGGUUGCCACUAUUUGGCCAGGCUUGAAAUACUUUGGUACCGAGAGCCAACCUGAUGCACUACUCCAAGGGCUCGGAAUUUCACGGCGGCAAACAAAGGACAAGGUGUCGGAGAGACUUGUCUCCGAUCGUGUGAACGACGGUGCCCAAUGUGUCACUGCCGGGGCAGGUGAGAAAGUCCCCACAGUCGCGCUCAUUUGCAAGCCCUCUGCGCUCGCCAACUAUCUCCUCAAACAUUGCAGGACUUUCAGCAAUUUCACGCCAUGCACAGGAUGGACUUGGCAAGCAAAUGCAUUUCUCCAGAGCAUUUAUGGCGCGUGCUGGCCGUAUGCAAGCCCAGUCCACUUCGUGCGGGACCAUUUGCAGCUCAGCGACGAUGGACUCGUCGCGUUGGACUGGGCAGUGUCCGUGGCCGGUGCCUCGUACCACAAACGAAGGAGAACCUCCACCAAUUCCACGAGUCCUAUUCUGCUCAUCAUCCCCAAUUCAUUUGGAAAAAUCACUCUAAAUGUUUUAAAGUUGUGUGAGGCAGCUCUUUCCCAUGGUUACCUCCCUGUAGUCUUCAACCGCCGAAGCCACAACAGCACUCCGCUCACCACCCUCAAGCUGCAGCAAUUUGGUGACCCCGCUGACCUCCGUGAGGCGGUGCGUUACAUCCGCCACCGCCAGCCAGCCGGGCGUCUGUAUGCUGUGAGCGAGAGCACUGGGUCUGGCCUGCUGCUGUCCUAUUUGGGAGAGUGUGGUUCAUCGAGCUACGUGACGGCUGCUGCCUGCCUCUCUCCUGUGUUCCGGUGCCAGGCCUGGUUUGAGAACGGGCCGUGGUGGCCACUGCAGUGGGUGGUCGUGCUGUACCAGAAGAUGUGUCUCAGCAGGUACCGGACAAUACUGGGCGAGACCAUACACACAGAUACACUAUUCUCCAGCUGUUCUCUACGUGUUCUUGAAGAGGUUCUCUUCUGCCAGUCUAGUCCUAAAGUUGCACCAGCAUCUGCAGUAUCAUCCUCCAUACCUACAGGUGGCAGCACCAGUAACACUAACACAGUCUGGGAGGUAUACUGGGAGCACAACGAACCUUUAAGGGAUGUAGACGAAGUAGCCAUCCCAGUUCUGAGUAUCUGUGCCCAGGAUGAUCCCAUCAGGGGAGACCCUCAGUCCACUUUACCCGUGGAACUUUUCGAGAGCAACCCUCACUUCUUCCUGCUCCUGACUGGCCAAGGGGGCCACUGCGGCUUCUCCACCCAGCAAGCAAGUGGAGCCUGUGGGCCGUGUGGUGGGAUUUGGACCCCUGGGACCAGCUGGAGCCACCGGGCUCUCCUAGAGUUUUUCCGAGCGACCACAGACUUCUUCGCAGCAGAGGAGCGGGCCAAACAGCAAGCGGCAAGGAGGAGGGGCCUGGGGGGCGUGGGAGCUGGGAGGGCCUUCCGUCAUCGCAGCGUCAGCACCUGUAAACGACUACCUGCCUGCUCACAUAACAUCCAUGCCAUCUAUAACUGGCAGAGGUCCUACACACGGUGAGCACCGCUUGGGGGUGACAACUGGACGACAAACUGAUAAUAACAAACAAUAAAAGAACAAGAAUGUUGUGAUUAUAGACUUUGUACGUGUAGUGCUUUUAAAGUGAUUUGUAUUGUGAAGGGAUACUCAAUUCGAAAGUGUAACUAUUCACCAAGGCAGUGGCUAGGCUAUUUUUGAUGGGUAAUGGCUACAGUACAGACAUGGGUGAAAAGGACACCUGGCAGCAGCCAGGGUGAUGAAAGGGACUUUGUGUAAACCUGUCUCCUAGAAUACCUAGCUCUUCAAUGGUAUAGCCAUGUUUCUGGAUACCUUGGCAGUAGACGCAAGUGAUGCUCAGUGAUCCAGAACAUUCUACUGCACUGUCUUUUAUUGUAGAAAGCAUGCUCAGAGACUGAGACCAACACAAAGCCUUCACUUCCUACAAACCAGUCACUUUCAUCUACAAUACACAUGACCAAAUGCUGAGCAGAACUGAAUUUCUGGAACAUAAAGUAUAGGAGCUGGAAUCUGGAUUCUUAUUUGAGAAGCAUGUUUAAUUUGAAUCUUAAUAUCCCAAUUCCCUAACAUCAAGCCUAUAUGGUUGAAAACCUUGAAUAAUUCAAAACAUCAAGUCUCGUUGAAAAGUAAAUGUAGUGUUCCAGUGGUACAGUGUUAAUACUUAAUGAACAUCCCUAAUGAGAAAUUCAGCAUGUCUACAAUGUGAUGUUGGAAUAUUGUACCACGAGUGUGCAAUCAUCAUCAUCAUGAGACAAUGUGUGUAAAAAUGUACAAUGUCCCACUAAACUGGCUUCAACUUUCCCAAUCUUGUAAUUGAAACUGUAGCAGGGAUUGGGAAAAGGGUGUUUCACUAGGCAGAAUUUUGAAAAGGUUAUUUUAUAGUAUUUUCUUGACAUACGUAUGCUCCUUAAAUGUGUUAAUGUAUGUAUUUGGUUAAUGUAGCAAUGAAUUAAAAAGGAUACAUCAUUA